GCGGUGGUGGAAGCCGGCUGGACUGCAAGCGCACGUGCCUGGAUCUGACGCUCUUCGGCUUGCCGCGUAGUUCCUUGGGUUCUGGGUCUGGUCAGUCCUGCACCAAGGUUCGCUCCAUCCUCGGUCCCCUAACUCUCGUCCAGCUCCCUAAGCUCCCGACCUCAGCAUCUGCAGAACGAAAUGGUCACAGCCAUGAAUGUCUCAGAUGAAGUAGAGCAGAUGUUCCAGCCCUACAACUUCGAGCUGUUCCAGGACAUAAGGCCCGUUUUGGAGGAGUACUGGGCAACCUCAUUCACCAUAGCUCUGAUCUACCUGCUGCUCAUCUUUGUGGGGCAGAACUACAUGAAGGCAUGGAAGGGCUUCAACCUGCAGGGACCUCUCAUCCUUUGGUCAUUCUGCCUUGCAAUCUUCAGUAUCCUUGGGGCAGUGAGGACAUGGGGCUAUAUGGGGACCGUGCUACUUAGGGGGAGCCUAAAGAAAACUGUAUGCUUCUUCAUCUUCACCGGUAAUCCCAUAAUCAAAUUCUGAUCCUGCCUCUUUAUUCUCAGCAAGAUCAUUGAACUUGGAGACACAGGUUUCAUCAUCCUGUGUAAGCGGCCACUCAUCUUUGUGCACUGGUACCAUGACAGCACAGAGCUAGUGUACAAGAGCUUUGGAUACAAGAACAAGGUGACUGCAGGCGGCUUCAUGACCAUGAACUACGGUGUACGUGCCAUCAUGUACACCUACUAUACUCUGAAGGCUGCCAAAGUAAAGCCCCCCAGGUGGUUUCCCAUGCUCAUCACCAGCCUGCAAAUCCUGCAGAUGUUUAUGGGAGCCACUGUCGGUAUCCUGACUUACAUCUGGAGACAGGAACAGGGAUGCCAUACCACAAAGGAACACCUCUUCUGGUCCUUCAUCUUGUAUACAACCUAUUUCCUCCUCUUUGUCCAGUUCUUCCACCAAAACUAUGUAAUUACCAAGGUCAAGGCCAAGACCAAGAGCCAGUGAAGGGUUGGAGAAAAGAAGGAGCCCCGAGCUCUCUCCUCCCCAGGGCAUUGAGGGGCUGAGCUUAGGUUUGGGAAAAUAAUUAGGAUGCCUUUUCUGCAUGGUUUCCCCACGGGAUGUGUACCCCAAGGUGUCAGGAGGUUAUGACAGUCAAGAAGUGUCACCCCUGGGGUGGGGGUGUGAUCUAGUACUUUGCUGUUUCUGUUUUUAAUGUGAAGGCCAAACAGUCCCUGGGAUGGAGUGGGACUGAGGAGGCUCCCCAGAGCUGAGUGAUCUAUAUUUCCAGAAAUAUUUCUUCUUCUUGCUCUAUUUUUUAAAUUAAAGAUUUCAACAAGGUUUUGGGGGUUUGGGAAUUUGGAGGAAGAAGGAGACU